CGAGAUUGGGGUGGCGUUCUGCGUGAGGGCGGCACAGAGGCCCGACUGUGGGGUACUGGUGCCCGGGCGAGGGGCGGGGCUGGGAGAUGGCGUCCGGAGCAGCUCGCUGGCUGGCGUUAGCACCUGUCCGAUGCGGGGUUACCCGGAGUGGGCCGAUCUUGAAGAAAGGUGGCGAUGUCUCCGCCACACGGGGCAGCUCAGGUCGGAGCCUGGUACCGUCGAGGUCAGUCAUCGUUACCCGCAGCGGCGCCAUUUUGCCCAAACCUGUGAAAAUGUCCUUUGGCCUUCUCCGUGUGUUCUCCAUUGUGAUCCCCUUUCUGUAUGUUGGGACGCUUAUUAGCAAGAACUUUGCUGCUCUACUUGAGGAGCAUGACAUUUUUGUCCCAGAGGAUGAUGACGACGAUGACUAACAGGGCAUGGAAGAGGUAUGGAAAGGACAAAAUCAUAGCUGAAGGAAUGGUGAUGCUCAGCCCUCCUCCCCUACAAGCAGAAGGCUCAGGGAAAGCCCCCAGUCCUGCCUCCUGCAUGGUCUGUGAACACAGCCCAGAUCCCCACAUUCUGGGAGGUUCCCCAAGUUGUGCUGUCCACUGAACACUGGAAAAAGCAAGCUGUCAAAUUAUGAAUAAUAUUAAUAAAUAUCAGCUGUGUGUGACUGAAAGCA